AUGGCCAUGGCGGGGUUGCAACACCAGGACGGCGGCUUGAGCACGAGCAGCAGCGGCAGGGAGAGCAAGACGAUGAAGGAGAGGCAGGCGUCGGCGGCGCUCGAGGAGCUGCGCGCCAUCGUGCAGGCGUGCGCGACCAUGCUCAACAAGAAGCCGGCGUCGCUGAAGCGCGCGUUCGAGCGGCGGCACCCGCAGGUGGCGGGGGAGACGGACAGCGCGCUGUACGGCAGCCACCUGCUGCUCUUCGCGCUCCACCGCGCCCUCCGCGCCUGCACCCUGCGCACCGCCCUCGCCGCCUCCAAGACCGUGCCACUGGACCAGCUGCUGUACCGCAGCAUAACCACCUUCGCCACUCUGCACCGCAUGCACCUCGAGGCCCAGCAGCAGCAGCAGCAGCAGCAGCAGCAGCAGCAGCGGGCGCGGCGGCAGGCGUCCAGCAAGGGCGCGGGGGCGGGCAGGGGAGCGCCGCCCAAGCCGCCGUCCAUGGGGCUCGAGCAGCAGGUGCAGGCGGCGGGCAGCGAGGAGGAGAGGCUGGAGAAGGAGAGGGCGGCGCAGGCGGAGGCGAUGGCGCUGGGGUUCACGCGAGUGGCGCCGCUGCUGGGCGAGCUCGCCACGCCCGCCACGGCCGCCUGCCUGCACCACCACCUCGCCUUCACUCGCGCUGCCAACUCGCCCUCCGCCCAGCCGCCCCCCUCGGGCCUCUCUGCUGACCGCAUGCAUCAGUUUGUGGCGGCCGUGGCACACGAGCAGGAGGCAAUGGGCAAGCGCACGGGGGUGGCGGCAGCGGCGUUGGGGCUGCAGGAGAGGGAGGUGGUGGUGGCGGAGAGCGACGCCACGCUCUACAUCGACGCCCCGGGCGCGCCCAAGACGCUUGUGGGCCAUGGCCGCCUCUACCUCACCCCUCUCGCCCUCUACUUCCAGGCGGACGCCACGGGCUUCCUGCGCACGGUGGCGGGGCGGGUGGAGCGCUUUGAGCUGGCAGCGGUGGGGGCGGAGGCGGCGGUGGAAGCGGUGGCGCCGGACGCGCUGGCCCUCAACGUCUUCUCCAUGACUCGCUCCCUCGCCCUCUCCUCCCGCCUGCAGUCAACGUGGACGGUGGAGUUCAUAGAGUACAAGCUGCAGCGCCAGCGCGACCUCUGGCAGGCGCUGCUGGGGGAGGUGCUUUCUCUGCACGCCUUCCUCGCUGACUACCGCCCCGCGCCCAGUGAGGUGCUGCCAGCUGGCACGCAGGAGGCGGAGGAGUAUGAUGACGACGCGCUGAGUGAUGACGUCAGCGAUGAUGAUGAGGGGGAGGUGGAGGAGGAUGAGGAGGGGGAAGAGGGGGAGGGGAGUGAGGAGGAGAAGGAGGAGGCGGAGAAGCCAUCAUUGGAGGUGUUGCUGGUGGAGGAGGGCAGCCAGCAGGCCAUGUGGAUGAUGGUCAAUGCCGUGCUGCAGCUGCAGGUGCGCUCACCUGCUCACCUCAUGUUCACUGGGGUGGGAGGGAAGGGCAGAGAAGGCACGGCCCUGCAAACGGUGAUCGGCAGCACGCCCGCCCACCCGUGCCGCGUGCUGCCCUUCUCGUGGGCGCGCACCGUGCCCGAGGGCCAUCUGGUGGAGCAGGCGCUGGCGCUGCUGCUGUGGGGCCCGCAGCGCCUGCCCGCCCUGCGCACCGCCAAGUGGUCCGCCAAGCGCCUCGCGCUGCUGCUGCAGGGGGGGCGCGGAAAGGAGGGGGGUGUCGGGGGGAGGGGGGCAACGGUGAUGUCUCCUAGAGAGCUGUUCCUGAUGAGUAAAGGGGGGCAGGGGAGUGGGUUGGGGCAGGGUGGGGAGGAGGAUGAGGGGGAUCGGAGUGGCCGGGGGGAGGCGUGGAGCGGCACAGCUGGGGGGCUCAGGCCUCUGGGGCGGUCGGCUUCCUGGAAGCUUCAGUCGUCGGUGUCGUUCUGGAAAGGGAGGGAGGGGGGCGGGUCGAUGGCGAGUGAGGGAUCGGUGGGGGGUGGGGAGGAGGAGGAGGACGAGGAGGAGGAGGAGGAGAGGGGGUUUGGUGAUCGCAUUCAGAUGAAGCUGGAAAAGGCUGUGCGCGUGGCAAGGGAGAGGGAGGAGCAAGCGGACAGGGCGCAGGCGUCAGUGGAGGGGUCGCUCAUAGACGACAUCCCCAGCAACGUCACUCUCCUCCUGCAUCUGCUGCGCCCGGUGUACAGCGGGGUGCGGGCGGCAAUGGACAUCAUCCAGUGGAAGGAGCCGCUCGCCACCAUCCUCGCCGCCAUGCUCGCCCUCUUCCUCGUCAACGGGGGAUACUUCUGGCUUCUACCGGCGCUGCUGCUGCUGCUCCUCGCCUCCAUCAUCAUCUUCUACCGCCUCACCAACCCUUCCUCGCCGCCUUCCCAACCCUCCUCUCUCCCUCACGGCCCCGGCUCCCCCAAGUCGACAGCCUCACAGCUGGCCCCCGGCAGCCCCGCCCUGGCCCCCUCACCGGCGCCAGCAGCGUCAGCAGCAGGGCGGUGGGGCAGGGGGGGCGGGGCGAUGCGGCUGCUGGUGGUGGAGAUGGAGCCGACGCCCACGACCAUGGCGCAGGUGCUGAUGGUGAAGGACGGCAUCGCCGCUGCGCUCACCGUCUUCCAGCGCAUCAACGUGGCGCUGCUCAAAGUGCGCAGCAUCUUCCAGUCCGCCGAGCCGCAGGUUGAAUACCGAUAUUGGCCCCACACUCAUCUUGUGCAUUUGUGCCCUGCUCCCACUUGCCUGCUAUUGGCUGGGAUCGAUGCUUGCAGUCAUCAUCCACCCCUCCACCUGUGCAUCACCCCUCCACCUGUGCAUCACCCCUCCACCUGUUCAUCACCCCUCCACCUGUGCAUCACCCCUCCACCUGUUCAUCACCCCUCCACCUGUGCAUCACCCCUCCACCUGUGCAUCACCCCUCCACCUGUGCAUCACCCCUCCACCUGUGCAUCACCCCUCCACCUGUGCAUGACCCUUCCCCCACAGCUCUCAGACAAAGUGCUGCUGCUGCUGCUGGCGGGGGCAGCGGCGGCUGUGGUGGUGCCACUGCUGGUGCCGGCGCGGGUGAUCGGCACGGUGGCAGUGCUGCACCUCUUCUCCGCCUACUUCAACUUCCAGAAGCAGAAGGGCGGCCCGCAGACCUCCUCCAUGGGCCACAAGCUGCGGCGCUGGUGGCAACUCGUGCCCGUGCCCCCCGUCAGGGUCGUCGUUGCCGGCUCUGCUGCCGCUGCUGCGGCGUCCACAACUGCCUCGGGUGGCGACAAGGUGAAGUAA